AGCCUUUCUGCAUGAUCCCCACAUCCCACACAGCACAGUCCAGUGCUGGUGAUGGGCCAGAUCACAGGCAAAGCCAGCCAGGAUCUCACAGCAGACAAGAGCUUCCCUGGCCCUGGUUGCCAGGAGAGUCUGUGGCAAAGCCAAGACCACAGUGUUGAAUACAGAAACCCAGGCUAAGUCUGUCCUUCUCACUCCCUGCUCAGUGGGGACAGCCACCCCUCCACAGACAGAACAUUGGCUCCUCAGCAACACCAGAGAGGGACCUGCACAUUUAACAAGAGUUAAAAAAUCCCUGCAGAGCCCAUCCCAUUUCCGAGAUCCAGGUCUCACGGAUCAGACAGAGCAUCUGCACUGAUGGCAGAGCUGGAUCUGCCUCUGAGGCACCCACCAAAACCAGCAGCAGCUCAGCAAGGGCAGCAUCAGUCCCUGACAUCUUCCCAACUACCUUCCUCUCUCCGGAGCCAAACACCGCUCAGCCUUUAACCUCCAGGAAGCCUGGUUUCCCUGGCAGCAGCAUUUCUGAGAGAGCCUGGACCCCCAGGCACAGCUACACCUCGGGCUGCUGCAGGAGCUUGGCAUUCCUCGGGGAGCCCCCCUGACAGCACAGCAGGGCACCUGGGAGAGACAACUGGACCGUGUGUGUCUCAUUAGAAUCCAUCCCCUACUCCAGGAGGCUUUAAACGAGCAUCAGCACACCCAGAACAUCACACCAUGAACGGGUACUUGAACGAAUCCAACUUCCUGAUGGUGGAGGAGGGCUUCACCACCCGAGACCUCCUGGAGAACCUCCUGGGGGAGCUGUGCCAAGAGAGCGACCAGCAAGCCUUCUUCGUGGCAGACCUUGGGGACAUCGUGAAGAAACACCUGUGUUUCCUGAAGGCCUUGCCCCGAGUGAAACCCUAUUUCCCAGUUAAAUGCAAUGGCAGUGAAGGGGUGAUUCGGCUGCUGGCAGAGCUGGGGGCAGGAUUUGCCUGUGCCAACAAGGCAGAGAUCACCCGGGUUCAAAACCUUGGGGUCCCAGCUGACAGGAUCUUCUACAGCAGCCCCUGCAAGCAGGUCGCUCACAUCAGGUACGCGGCCAGCCACGGCGUGAGGCUGAUGGCCUUUGACAACGAGGUGGAGCUGAGCAAGGUGGCCAGGAGCCACCCCCGGGCCAGGAUGUUGCUGGGGAUCACUGCUGACUCCAUCCCUUGUGCCCACCCGAGCAUGACUUUUGGGACCACGCUGAAAUCCUGCCGGCACCUGCUGGAGACAGCGAAGGAACAGGCUGUGGAGGUUGUUGGCAUCAGCUUCCACCUCGGGAGCCGUGUGCUGGAGCCACAGGCCUUGGCCCAGGCUGUGGCCGCAGCACAGCUGGUGUUUGAUGUGGGCACGGAGCUGGGACACCACAUGAACCUCCUGGACAUCGGUGGGGGGUUCCCUGGCACCGAGGACACCACAGCCCUGCUGGAAGAGAUGGCUGUGGGGAUAAACUCUGCCUUGGAUUUGUACUUCCCCGAGGGCAGUGGGGUGGACAUUGUUGCCAGGCCUGGGCGUUACUACGUCACCUCUGCCUUCACCUUGGCUGUCAGCAUCACUGCCUUGGAGGAGAUCCCCAUGGAGCAGCCUGGCUCUGAUGAGGAAGAGUGUGGCAGCAAGAAGAACCUGGUGUAUCACCUCAGUGACGGCAUCUACGGCGCCUUCAGCUGCCUCCUGUUCGACAGCCCCUGCCCCAGGCCUCGGCUGCACAAGAGACCCUGCCCAGAGCACCCCUGGCACAGCAGCAGCCUGCGGGGCCCGCCGGGUCACGCCGAGGAUCGCAUCGCCGACGGGCUGGAGCUGCCCCAGCUGCACGUGGGGGACUGGCUGGUUUUUGGGAACAUGGGAGCCUACACCAUGCCAACAUCACCCCUGCUCACGGGGGGUCCCCAGCCACACGUCACCUACGCCAUGUCCCGCAUGGCCUGGAAAGCUGUCCAGCUCUUCCAGGGAAAGCCACCCCAGACAGAAGAGGAUCGUGAGAGCCUCUGCACCCCCCUGUCCUGCGGCUGGGAAAUGGCAGAGACCCUUUGUGUCACCCCUGUCUUCGCUCCAGCUGGCAUCAUCUGAGCAGUGCUGGCACUGGAGGAGAAGGAACCACGGUGGGAGAGAUCUUGUGGUGGUACUGGCAGGGGAAAUGUCCCAUAAUGGUGUUGGAAUGGGAAAAAUCCCAUGGCAGCACCAGGGGAAAACAUCCCACAGUGGUACUGGAGGGAUAAAAACCCUACAGUGGUACCAGAGUGGGAAAAGUCCCAUGGCAGUACCAGAAGUGAUGGCACCAGAGGGGGAGGAUCCCGUGGCAGUGCCAGGGAGGGGGAAGGUGCCAUCCUGCCGCUGGCAUCGCCUGCUCCGCUCUCAUGGACCUGGAAGUAAAUCCUGUCCCAUAAAUCCUGCUCCUCCA